AUGGCUUUCAAUAGCCCCCUACCCAUCUCUGUGGCGUGGAAGGACCCUGAUGCCUACGUGGAAGCCCUCCUCUCCUUCACCACUACGUCGGUGCUCUUUAUGAAUCUGUGCGGUGGUGUGCAUAUGGUCGACUUUCUGACCCGGGAGCCCGACCUCUAUACAACAAUCUUGCCAGAAGAUUGGAUAUCUUUCUUCGAACAGCAUGAUAUCCAAGACAUCAUCCGUCUACUCCUACGAGAGGACAUUGACCACUUACGAAGCACCGGCGAGCCUUCUGUAGAUCAAAGCAGCCGUGCUUGGAAUGGAGGAGCAUUCCCUCCCCAGAGCCUCUUGGACUACAUUUUCAAUAUCCGUCUACUGACACUCCAGCGAGAAAUGUGUAUCUCGUCUUCGGAGAAGAUCGAAUUACCAAAGCAAGUUGCUAUGCACAUGAACCGAAAAAAAGUACACGAGGUCGAAUGCUUUUCUCAACAUGUCUCAUCUCUGUCAGACACUGUCAAUAAGCGCCGAGGUGAACCAGUCACUCACAUUGUGGAUUUUGGGUCUGGACAGAACUAUCUUGGACGCACACUGGCUAGCUCGCCUUAUCACAAGCAUAUCAUUGCAAUUGAGCGCAAGCAUCAGUACAUCAGCGGUGCUAAGAGCAUGGAUAUCCGAGCCAAGUUAGCAAAGAACCCGAAUGCUCAAUAUUUCCACAAGAACAAAAGUUCGUCCGAUGGCUGCAACGGAACUACGAAAGUGACUAUUUCUGAAACGACGGGUACCCCUCAACCAACGAUAGAGGCCUCGCAUGUCUCAGAUCUUGCUUUUUGCCAGAUUCUGGGCGAGAUUAGCCUUCAAUCUGACGAGCUACUCGGGUCCCCUACCACAAGCCCAUUACGAGAAAAGCUACCCACGCCAGAGCUCCAUACCCGCGGCACUCUCAGCUAUAUCGAGCAUGAAAUCCAAGAUGGCCACUUAGAGCCCAUUAUCGACCACAUCAUCCAUCCAUCCCCUCCUAGAGUUGCUGAUGGGAAAGGGAAAGAGGAGAGCGAUGCUAGAUUGAUGGUCGUUUCCCUUCACUCUUGCGGGAACCUUGUUCACCAUGGUCUACGAUCCCUGAUUCUAAAUCCUUCGAUUGUGGCUGUCGCUAUGAUCGGUUGUUGCUACAACCUGUUGACAGAACGCCUCGGUCCAACCACACAUGACCUCCCUAUCCUUCAAUCCCUCCACCCUCGACUUGAAGAGACAGGAACAUCAUACGAUCCACAUGGGUUCCCUAUGUCUAAAUACUACGAGAAUUACCGAAGCCCUGGAGCAACGACCGGUGUGAAGCUUAACAUUACAGCUCGUGCACUGGCCGUGCAAGCUCCAUACAAUUGGGGCUUCAGUGACAGUGAACUGUCCUUUACCCGCCACUUCUUCCGUGCUCUUCUGCAGCGUAUCCUCGUUGAUCGAAAUAUUCUUCCUAAGCCGUCUGUGCCGGAAGACGUCCUCUCCGACGGAACUUCCCCAGAAGCUAGAACCAACUCUAUUAUCAUAGGAUCAUUGCCUAAAGCUGCCUUUAAGUCCUUUACUGCAUAUAUUCGUGCUGCGACGAUCAAAAUGAGUCGAGACCCGAUAUAUGGUUCGCAGGUCCAGGAGCAUAUUGCUACUCUCACCGAUGACGAGAUUCACCGCUAUGAGACUCAGUACCUCCACGCAAGGAAACAUAUGAGUGUUGUGUGGAGCUUAAUGGCGUUCAGUGCUCAACUCAUCGAGGCUGUCAUUGUUGUGGAUCGGUGGCAAUUCCUUCGUGAACAGGACUCGGUCAAAGACUGCUGGGUUCAACCAGUGUUUGAUUACAGUAAGAGUCCGCGUAAUUUGGCAGUCAUUGGACUAAGAAAGUGA